AUGAUGGAUGCAGCCACCGGCCAGGAAGCAGAGUCCGAGGACUUAGCCCAGCGGAUGUUAAUUCUAAGCGUGACAUCCAUCCAUACCACAACUUUAAGCAUGACUCAAGCUACCUACGAUCUCUGUACACAUCCACAAUACCUCGAGCCCCUUCGAGCUGCGGUGGUAGAUGUGCUACGUGCCGAUGGCGGCGGGGGCAAGUUGACGGUCAAUCACUUGCGCAAGAUGGAUAGUUUACUGAAAGGGUCGCAGCGUUUUAAUCCCAUGUUUCUGCUGACCUUCAACCGAAUUCUCCCAAAAUCAAUAACCCUCUCCAACGGAAUAUCCGUCCCAGUCGGCUCACGCAUCGCGGUCCCAUCCAACGCCAUGUUGAACGAUCCCUCUAGAGUGCCAGGCGAUGCGCCAGCUUCCUUCGACGCCUCCCGCUACUCACGGCUGUGCGAGCAACCUGAGAAUUCCCAACGACAGCUCUUCGUCAUGACCGACUAUAACAAUCUGGUAUUUGCAUGUCCUGGCCGAUUUUAUCCUGCUAAUGAAAUGAAGAUGAUGCUGGCGCCUAUACUCAUAUACUACGAUAUGAGGUUCCCUGAUGGGUGCGGUAGGUCUAGGAACUUCACUAUUGACUCGGAUAUGUGUCCUGAUCCUGCUACGCGGUUGCUUAUUAGGAAACGGUCUGGGGUUGAGGAAGGUAUGGAUGAGCUUUUGACGUUUAACGUCUUAUGA